GUCAGGCUGUGACCCAGCUCCGGAGGAAGAAAGGGGCCGGGUGAGCACAGGGGCUCAACCAGGUGACUGCUGGGCACCGUUGCGGGGACCCGGCCUCCCAGGGCAGCGGCUGACCGGGGGGCGCUGUGGUCGCAACCCGGGAGGGCACCAUCGCUGCUGCCCCGAUGGAGCCCCGCUGCAGGACGCGGACAUGCGGGCAGGGCUCCUGGGGUUACCGCGCGCUGCUCCUCCUGCUACUCCCGUUCCUGCUCCGGACCGCUGGCAGUGUGAUUGCAGGCCGCGCUCCCGGGGUGCUGUCCACCGAGGCCUCCACCGGCCCUGCCAAACCCUGUGCCCCAGGAGCCAGCUGUGCACCCGGAGGGGCUCGCCUUCCCCGCGAGGCCCCCUCACCAACGCCGGGGCCCUCGCCAACGCCGGGGCCCUCUCCAUCGCAGGGGCCUAAGCCGCCGACACUGACAUCUAAGCCACCAACGCCAGCGCUUAAGCCGCCAAUGCCAACGCCACCAGGGGUUGCUACCGCCACUUCCUGGGCCAAGCCUUCCUGCGGCUUGUCAUUUGAAGGAGACCCCCUGCUCCGAGACGCAGAAGCCAUGGCCCGGAGGGCACCUUGGAUGGUCAGCGUGCAGGCCAACAACACUCACCUCUGUGCGGGCACCCUCAUUGCCUCCCGCUGGGUGCUAGUGGUGGCCCAUUGUGUGGCCCAGAACAAUGUGAGCUACACAGUGAGGGUGGGGAGCCCGUGGAUUGAUCAGGUAACCAGGACCACCUCCGACGUCCCGGUGCUGCAGGUCAUCCUGAACCCCAGUUACCAGCCCCAGCGCUACUGGUCCUGGGUCGGCCAGGCCAAUGACAUUGGCCUCCUCAAGCUCCAGCACGAGCUUAACUUCAGCAAUUACGUGUGGCCCAUCUGCCUGCCUGACCUCAACUUCCAGGUGGAAGAGGGUUGCCGCUGCACCGUGAUGGGCUGGGGACUUUCAAAGGCUAAGGGCCUGCAGCCCCAGUUCCGGACCAUCCAGAAGAAGGAAGUCACCAUCCUGAGCAAUGAGGAGUGCGACAGCUUCUACCGCAACUACUCCCACAUCCCGAGUCUAGUCUGGAUCAUCACCUCCCAGAUGAUCUGUGCCUCGGACCCCAGCAGGGAACAGUUCUGCUAUGAGGGGUCGGGUGAGCCCUUAGUGUGUUCCUUGGGGGCCACCUCCUACCUGGUGGGCUUGGUGAGCUGGGGUGCAGGCUGUGAGAAGAACAUGACACCGCCCAUCUUCCUCCGAGUCUCCCCCUACCAGUUCUGGAUCAAGAACCAGCUCAGUGGGCAGCCCCCUCAUCCGGGCGCCCCAUCCCUGGCUCUGCUCCUGGCCCUGCCACUACCCCUCCACCUCCUGGCUGUUCUGUGAUACUGGGCACCAUUAAAUGCUGCUCU